AUCGUCUUCCGUUUUGCAUACGAUGGCUUAUUAUUUCGUUAAAUAAGUUUUAAUAAAAUUGUGAUAUUCAAGACUACAGCAGGUAUUUGUCGAAGUCAUGGAGAAAGUUCUAACAGUAUUGAUACUUCUUGUGGCAAUUCAUAUCAAGUUGUCUUAUGGUAUGCUACGAGAUGAGCUGAGCCUACACGAUACUGUCCAAAAAUACUUCAAUCUUGGUUAUACGCAUUCGGAAAUGGCUGGAAUGUUUUUGUUUGUUCACCAUAUUGUAGUUUCCAAAACUAAAAUAAAAAGAAUUCUUCGACGUUUAAACUUACGUAGACGUGAAGAAAGCAACCCAGAGGAUAUUGCUCGUGGAAUAGUACAGCUACAUCGAGAGGGUUAUUCUGAACUAGGUUACAGAGCAGCAUGGAGAAUGCUUUUUUGAGAUAUGGAAUCAGAGCACAUCAAAAUACAGUGAGGAUUUGUCUUAAGGCGUUAGACUCUUGUGGAGUAGUCAACAGGAAAGCAAGACGAUUAAGACGUAGACAAUAUUUCAAUCGAGGCCCAAACUUCGUAAUUCAUGUCGACGGAUAUGACAAACUAAAACCAUUUGGAAUAUUAAUUCAUGGAGCUAUAAAUGGAUUUUCCCGAAAAAUUCUAUGGUUGAGAG